AUGGGUCGGCCACGGUUAAUAAUUCUGAUCCGACAUGCUCAAAGCGAAGGCAAUCAAAACAAAGCCAUUCACCAAACCAUUCCAGAUCACCGGGUCAAACUCACACAGUUCGGCCACGAGCAAGCUCGCGCGGCGGGACAUCGCUUAAAGGAUAUCCUUCUGCCCACAGAUACCCUUCAAAUCUACACUUCACCAUACAGAAGGACGAGAGAGACGACCGCCAAUAUUGUGGAAAGCCUGGGAGACGACUGGAAAGAGAAGACUACAGUUUACGAGGAGCCGAGGAUUAGAGAACAAGGUGAGUUAUUGGUUGCCAUUCUUUUCGCUACUCAAGAGAGAAUAUGGCAGGAAAGAGCUGCUUACGGUCACUUCUUCUACCGAAUCCCUAAUGGCGAAUCGGCUGCAGAUGCGUAUGAUCGAGUAAGCGGGUUCAAUGAGAGUCUAUGGCGUCAAUUUGCAGAGCCGGAUUGUCCAAGUGUUAUUAUCCUUGUGACCCACGGCCUCAUGACGAGAGUAUUCUUGAUGAAGUGGUAG